UAACCCAAUUACCACCACAACAUCCGCUGCCAAGAUCAAAAACUAAAUAACCCAGACACUCAACAACGUUGAAAAGAUUCAGAGAAAACCCAAACGUAAAUACUUUACUAGUUGCUCAACGUAAACUAACGUUAGACAUGUUCCAUUCACAAAAAGGUGACCGUUCCAAAUUUAAAAAUUAAAAAAGCAUCUGCACAGCGUUAUCGGGCGAUCACUCGAGAAUCGAUUAAUCGUAAACGCAUAGCAAAGCUAUCGAUUCAUACGGUCCGCUGCAUCUGUACCAUCAACACUGUUAAUUUUAGCCAGUCGAAAUCGCGAUGUCAAAGAUAGCGUACGAUAUACCAGCUCCGAAUGUUUACGUUAUUACACUGAAAACGAUGUUUUUCGUUCGCGAGUUAUUUUUAUGAGUGAAAAUCUGGCCUCUUCUCUCUGGAGAGCGGUCGUGCGGUCGCUUUUCGAAAUCGGGACCUACAUUUGAAUAGUUUUCUUAUAAAGGGAAAAUAUUGUGGUUUGUUGACAUUAUCUGAAACUAACUGCCGAUGAGUGCUUGUGGUUUUGUGCUGUGAUUUUGUUUGGAUUUCUACGCGCGAAACUUUAAGAAUUAAGGAUUAAAAGGAAUAUCUCCCAGCAACAAUGACGGAAGACGUGUUACUCGACGCAUGGCGCGUGCGCUGGGGCAAGAUGUCGGGCAUGACGGGCGCCAGCAUGCUGCGCACGCGGCGCAAGGAUGUCAACCUCAAACCAAACCGGAAGUUGGACCGCAAGUCGUCGCGGGGCAUGCUCUUCGAGAACGAGGAGCUGCGUCUGCGCACCAUCAACAUUAACGCGGAGGUCGAACGAGGGCAGUCAGACAUAAAGAAGUUAAAGCGAGAAAACGACCAGCUGAAGCGAGAAAUCUCGGCGCUUCGUUACGAGUAUGACCGUCUUGACCGCCUGCUGCGUGACCGAAAAUCCUCGCCUGAUAACUCUGACGACAGCGCGUCUGUAUGCAGUGCGUGUCCAGAAUGCGCAAGUGUCGGAUCCGGGAGGGUGUUCCAUGACCUUGAGGCUGUUCCUGAGGAGGGAGAGGAGGGGAAUAAAAAAAAGCAAGCACACGGAAAACCACGGAUUCCGCCCACACCUAAGCAAACACGUCGCAGGGCUAAUAAAGGCUCAACACAGACCUUCAGCGGCGUUGAGUCCCCGUGCACAUGCGACGAUUGCCAGCAACCCGAAGACAUUCCCAUAACCAAGCAGCCAACCAGCACGCAGAUGACGCCCAUGAUGCCCAACGCUGCACCCAACACACAAACCCAACCCGAGCGACCCGUCGACGUCCUCAUCCACGACAACCAAGAACCACAAUACUUCCAAAGCGUCACAUCACCCCCCUACCACGUCACAACACCUCCCCCUCCCGGCUUCGUCCUCGCCCCUUACCAACCACCCCGAUUCCACACCGGAGGAAACGUAGAAGACUUACUAGGAGAUGUCCAAAACACACCGACGAUACAGACAACAUUCAUUCAGCAGAAUUCCGUCUUCAUGUGCGAAAGAAAAGUUAUGCAAAAAUGCUGCUGUCAGAAACGCGAACCGGCACCAACGACGUCGCAAGACGAAAAACAGAAGUCUUAUGUAACUGAAAAGAAUAUAGAGCUAACGUAUGAUUAUCCGAGAAACACUCCAGUCACUGCAUCUCCUAGUCCAAAAUCUGGAGACGAGCACACAACAACAACGACAGAAGUAGCGAGCACAGUUGUAUUCGUUGAAAGGAGGAUACCAGUGAAGCCGAAAAAGUUCGAUUUCUUCUUCAGAUCUCGAUCAGCCCCAGUUGGAGAUCAUGAAGAACCUAUUUACGCAACAGUCAACAAAUUACCAAAAAGACUAAGAAGAAUGGAACUAGACAAUUUAGAGAAAGAAGUAGCUUACAAAUCUGGCGAACCAGAUUCGUCCACGCGGACAGAACUAACGUUAAAAACCGACUCAGAAUCUCAAGUACCUCACCCAGAUGACGAUACCAGUAGAUCUGAAAGAGAAAAGUCCGUAGUCCCGCAAAGACCAGAUACUCCCAAAGCGAAGAAGCGGAAAAGAUUCUCCCUGACAUUCAAAAAGAGGGAGAGAAAAAGAAAAGAGAAAAAGGAUAAAAAGAAAGAGAUGAAAAAUGGAGUAGCGAAGGUGCCGGUGGCAGAGAGUGAUAAUGAGAGGUUGAUAGAUAAGGAACAGGAGAAGCCUAAGCUUUGCAUGCGGCAUCGGACGAGGAAUACGUUGUCGUCGUCAAGCUCUGGUCCGCGGUACAAGCGGGAUAGCUACCAGGAGAUGACGACAUCCCACUCAGAGCAUGAGCGCACCAACAGCGUGUGCUCCUCCGUCAAUUCCCUGGCUUCAGCGUGCACCCACAAAUCCAGGAAACUCUCCGCUCCGCCUAUAGCUGACGGCUCCAUACCCUGGUGCGGGUGCUGGGGUGCGGGCUGUGUGUGAUAGGAUAUGGACCUAGUUUAACCGCCUGGUAUCACUUACAAAUCAAGGAAACUCUCCGCUCCGCCUAUAGCUGACGGCUCCAUAGCCCGGUGCAGUUGCUGGGGUACUGGCUGUGUAUGAUAUGGACCUAGUUUCAGCUCCUGGUCGCACUUACAAAUCCAGGAUACUUUCCGCUGCCUCUAUCGCCGACGGCUCCAUACCCUGCGGGUGCUGGCUGUGUGAACUCCCUUUCAGGAAACUCCUGCCCGUUGCUGACGUAUCUAUGGACACCCUGUUGCGGGUUCUGUGUAUGACAGCUGUGUUCUGGCUGUGUGUGACAUACUGUAUAGGCAUAGCCGUGGCCAGAGCCGAAAAUUCUGGAAACUACAAAUUGUUGACGGCUUCGUACCACGAUGUGGGUGCUGGGGUGCAGGUUGUGUGUGAUAGAAGCUAUGAACAUAAUUCAAUUAAGAUAACAAAGUAUAAAAUCUGCUGCGAUUAAAUUGGGUAUCUAUACUACCUAUAUAUCUAUACACAUUAAUGUAUAAGCGGAAUAUUUCCACAUGUUUCCAAGAACUUUCCCAACUUUUUAGAUACAUUAUGCAUAUUGCACUAUUGCAUAUCUGUAGAUAGAUAUAUUAAGAAUCAGAAUUCAUCAGAAAAAGGUUUGAGGAAGUUUUGUAAGCAAAGGGCAGAACUUUCCCAACUUUUGGAUACUUUUUGCGACGUGCACAUCUGUAGAUAGCCAUGGAUAUAAUAGAGAUGUAGGCAAGGAUUCAAAUUAUGUGCAUCAGAAAAGGUUUCGGAAAAGAUUCAGGUAAAUAAAUAGGUAGAUAACUAGUAUCAGUGCCGUGGAUUUAUAUAGGUACCUAAUGGCCAGAACUGUUGACGUCUAGGAUCUAUUUUAUGGCUUUGUUAUUCGGUCACCAAUGUUUAAACUUAGGCUAGGUUUCACUUUACAGUUCACUUUACCUAGUAUAGUGUGGCUACCACUAGUUUGGCACUGACAUAAACGCUAUCGAGAACGUAAAUUACUUUCUGUGCAUCUCGCCCGUACUAUCAUAUUAGUGCGAGCGAGAUGUAAAGAAAGUAAAUUACGUAGAUGUUAGCGUAUGACACUCUCAGUGACUCAUGGUACGGAUAUAGGUAGGUAAUUCUAGCAUGGACCAAAUAUUUGUCUGAAAUUGUACAUAAUUUUGAGUUGAUAAUAGAGAAGUAGAAGAAAACACCAGGAUUUUUUACUCUAUUAUUAAACGGUUUUGCACAACAAAAAAUAGGACUAGAGGAUUACCAAAACGAAUCAGUUCCCUUCUGUACUGCCGUUACCUUGUGUUCCUGGUGUACUGUAAUCAGUUUGACAUAUACUCACAAAUAAAAACACUUUGAACUUUGAACUCUGAUUCGUUUACAAGGUCUUCACUUGGGCUAAGAGAAACGCUUCUCUCUUUUCUGCCCGGGGCAAAUAGACUAAUGUAAAUGUUCUUACUCCACCUGACUAUACCAGCGCUGAUUUGAAAGCACAAUACUGUACACCUUUAGUUGAAGUACAGUAUAAAAUUUAUACUGUAUGAUAGUUAAUAUCAUACUUCAAUUUGAUCACAGAUGAAUCUUAACUGUAAACCCUUUCACGAAAGAGCUUAAUCAGUUAAAGGAUGGCGCAAUCUUAUGAUAAAACAUAUCUGUUGUAUUAUGAAUAAAAGAUAUUUAUUGUACAGUUAUAU